UUGACCUACAUGUGCUACUUCUCACUCCCACAAGUUUCAAGAGCAGGGAAGGUAUUCACUGUUGAGUCAAAGGAAGGCUCCCAGGGAAUGAACCUGGCCGAAGCACAAGAAGCCUGUCGUGAUCAUGGGGCCCGGUUAGCCUCAGCAGAUGACCUGAAGCGAGCUGUCGAGCAAUGCUCCUUUAUGGCCUGUAGUCGCGGCUGGCUGGUGGAUGCCACUGUUGGAACUACAGUGUGCAAUGGUCAAGGCAGUGGGCAGCAAAUUAUACAAGCAGUGGAUGUGAAGAUUGAAAGACCAGAUAAAACUGACAGCCUUCAUGAUUCAUUCUGUGUGAAAGACAAAGAUAAGCCAUGUGGAGACCCACCCUCCUUCCCCCAUACUGCUCUGCAAGGACAUACUGGCUUUGAAAUGGGAGAUGAGCUUUUGUAUGUCUGUACACAGGGAUACGUCAUGGCAAACUAUCACAACGCCUUCUCAUUGCAAUGUGACAGCUGUGGGGAAUGGUACGGCUUGGUCCAGGCUUGUGUCAAAGAUGAGACUGAGGCACAUAUCGACUAUGAAGACAAGUUCCCUGAUGAAAAAUCAAUAAUGGUUACACACCCUGAAGACAAGUCCACGACUGACAGAAGAGAAGGUGUGUCCAGGAAAGUUGGUGAAGAAGAAGAGCUUGAGGACUCCACUGGCAGGGCUAUGCCAGAACCAGGAGUUCCCACAGACUCUCCCAUCUCUCUGCUCAGUCAGAAGCACCUUUUCUGGAUCACUUCACAGUCCACACCUGAGGCAGGGGAGGACAUAGGAACAAAGAAAGAUGUCUUAUUAUUUGUAGAAGACAAUCAAACUGGUGUGAAAUUUAUUAGUUCUGAGCAUGUGGGAGCAGAAGCAACAGUUAGCCAGCCUCCUGAACUACACAAUGGCACAACGGCCAGCACUGAUGAAACCUGGCUGGACGGCUACCCAGUGACCCAAGAGGCUGGUGAAGAAGUGACUGAAGCCACAGAUCAAUUCAACCAGAUAGAAAUAAGCAAGGCUGAGGUGCCAAGCUCAAUCUCCUCACCCACAGUACAGCAGGAACAUACUACCAUCACUCAAGUACCCAGCGCAUUGCUUACAACUCUAAGGAUUGCUGCAGUGAUUCCAACUCUCCAAACAGAAGGAAAGUCACUGCUGACAGCAGGUGGCCCAUAUCCAACAUCAUCUUGCCCACAGAUGCAGGAUACCAGCACCCUUUCAGAGUUCAAAGAGUUUGCUGACAAGGGCAACCUGACUGGGCUUUCUGGGGAAAGGCCGCUUGCAACAGAAGAACCAUGUUUGGCAGAGCAAUGUGAUAAGGCACGUAAAGGCCCCAUCAUUGCCAUUGCUCUAAGUGUCAUCUGUUUGCUCGUGCUCACCUCAGUUCUGGCCAUCUGGUGUCACAAAAGGAAGCAGAGGAAAAGCUCUGUCUAUAAAAUGAAUGGAAAGGACCAGAGCCGACAGCCCCAGCAGAUGGAGAUGCAACAGCAGCAUGUUUAACACAAAUGACAGCAGACUCCUGCCACACAGACGAGGAUCUCACUCUUGUCUUUCUUUAGGGCUUGUUUGAGGUCACACAUGCUCACAAAAUGCUUUCAGUGAAGCCAGCACAUUAGCGCAGGAGACCUGCUAAGAAAUAGAAAACCUGCCUCUGGUCUUGAUGCCCUCUGGGCAGAUGCUAGUAGACCAGUUUAGCCAGGGUAGGUAAUAGUUCAGUACUAUGACAGGCACAAAGAAAUGGUUAUCUUUUAAUCAUCAUCAAAAUACAAAUGUACCUUCUGCCUGCGUCUAGCCAACAUUGCUGAAGAACAGAAAUCUCAUGACUGUCAAAUGAAUGCAUCAUUCCACUGCACGUCAAGGUGUGACAAGAGUCUGCAUGUUCGCUCUCUUCCAUGUGCCCAGACCCUCACUUUAGUGUGGAAGCUGCUCGUCAGUUGUUUCAGUGAAGAGUAUGGCUCCUUGACUGGCGGUCCAGUCUGUGUCGCUAUAUACAUACACAGGGGGAUUAUUGGAGGUUACAUCACACACGUGACAGAGGAAGGACCUUUCAGCUCACCCAGCAUUUUGUUUUAACGGACUGCUUGCCUGAAAUCAUUUUGUGAAAAAGUAUGACCUUUAACAAAGCCUGCCUAUGAGUCAAACCGCCCUGGGUGAGAAGGGGUUAUUUUUCACAUUGUGUGCCAGCCAUGGUGAAAGAGGGACGUGACAUUUCAAGUGAGGUAGAUGUCCAUCUGAGGUAGAAUGUGACAAAAAAUGGAUUGCACCAUCUGCUUUGAGAAAAGAAGUGCAUGGCUCACUUCAUUAAAUAAAAAUGAGGUGAGGUGAUCAGUCUCCUGGUGGCAGGGGUACAAGCUUACCUUAGUUUUUUUUUUUGUUUACAUGAUUUAUGCAAUAAACAUCAAGAGUUGUGCCACUUAGCACCAGAGGCACUGGACCUCUUAAUUUGCUUUCCAUUUGCUCCACAACACUGGCAGGCACAUUGCUUACAUGUCGCUGUGGGUAACAAAUGUAGAAAAAAAAUCACAUGGAUAAUUCAGAUAGAAGGUGUUGCAAUACUCAUUAUUUUAAUCUAACAUGCUCAGACUCAGUGCCAGAAAACAACACUCUUGCAAGUACUCCUUCCAGAUUUUCCUACAAAAAAAUAUAAACUGAAGUGAGGGGUUAACUACAAGUAUUGUGAUAAAGUUUUAAAAAUAAAUUAGACAAAGCACACAUAAUCACAAAAAACAUUGUAGCAGUCUUCAUGUCUGCUAUAUCAGUCAUCUAGCAUUUAGCAAAAUGGCCCAUAAACUGCAGCUAUUAAUAUGUCUGGGUUAGGUUUUUUCCCUCACAUAUUCCCGUUCGUUCUAAAUUGGCCAUGUAAGUUGUGGGUAUGUGUGUGAGUAGGCCCUGUGACAAACCAUCAAUUUGCACAGGGUUGGUUUAUUCCUUCAGUCUGAUGCUGUUGGGAUAUCCUGCAGUCCCCAGCAAACCGGAAUCUCAGCAAGUACAGUUAAGAAACCCAGGAAAUGUAAAUCUCAUUAAUCUAAACUCUGAAUGAUUUUGGGGUUUGAGAAGUUCAGUAUAGAGAACUACAUAGCAGAUGCAGGGCCAUUUCUCAUUCACUUCUGUGUCAUUCACAAAGAACCAUUAGUAAGCGGAAGUCUAAUACAGUGCACUUCAAAGCAAAAAUAUAUAUCUGGCCUGGACUGCAAGCUUUAGGCAGUGCAAAAUUAAUACAUAUAUGAAAUGGCAAAACUACAUUUCCAUAGAAGUUAGUUAUUAAACUCUGGUUAACAUAAAACUUGUAAUGAACUAUGCCACCAUGGACUAGGGCAACCUUGGUAUGAAAUAAACAAGUAACACAUCUAUAAGCCCUUCUAUAUCCCGGAGAACUCUCUCAUCUUUUCCCACGAUGACACUCACAGACUGUUUUGGAAGGCAAGGGUGAGCCCUGCUGUUCACACUUUUACAUUUCAGAUAUAAAGUCUCUUGCGAUCCCAUUUAAAUACAAACAGUUGGGAGUUGGGUCUCUCAAGAUACUUUAAAUGUAAUUUUCAGUUGUCAUUACAAUUAUCUAUUUCAAGGGAGUACUGAAAAAAAAAAAUGGGCAUGAGUUUGAAUGUUAGGUUACAUUAUUUUAAGGGAGCUGGGAUUUCUCAUCAGUAAAAAUAGAUGUGACCUCAGUCACUUUUAGACUCCUAGUACACCAGUGCCUAAGUGCAAUUAUACCUGUUGCACUCACCCUAGCAUUUGACACCACCAGAACCUCAGUGGGAGGUUUCCACCGUUUUGCUUUCUCAUUAAAGACUUGAGUACCUACUUUAA